AUGUCCUUCCAAAACCUCCGCACUCAAUACUCAACCCUCCUAAAACAAUUUCUAAAAUCCACCAAAGAAUUCGACGUCCUAACAACCAUACCCCCAGACCACUCCGCAUCCGAGACCCUCUAUGUCUUAGAUUCCAGCUUCAAUCCCCCCACCCUCGCCCACCUCCGCAUAGCCAGCACCGCCCUACAAUCAACCCCCAAGCCCCGUCCCCGCCUGCUCCUCCUCCUCGCAACCCAAAAUGCAGACAAACCCUCCAAACCAGCCUCCUUCGAGGACCGCCUAGCAAUGAUGGAGCUCUUUGCGCGCGAUCUGCGCACACACCUUGCGAUAACACCAGCCUCCACAAAUGCCGCCGCCUCCGGUUUAGAGUAUGAGCUGCCGGUCGAGGCCCUGCCUUUGAUUGAUAUUGGCGUAACCAAGAAACCGUAUUUCGUUGAUAAGGCUGCUGCGAUUGAGAGCUCCGGUCGGUAUCCUGGUGCGCUGGAGCAGGUUCAUCUUACGGGAUUUGAUACCCUCGUGCGUAUCUUCGAUACUAAGUAUUAUCCGCCGCAUCAUACGCUUGCUCCGCUCGUGCCGUUCUUGGAGAAACAUCGGUUGAGGGUCACUAUGCGGCCUGGGGAUGCGUGGGGUGAGAGAGAAGAGCAGGUUGCAUUUCUGGAGGCUCUUGCUAGAGGGGAUCGGGAUGCCGAGGGUGCGCGGAGGGAGUGGGUGCAGCGUAUUCAGUUGGUUGAGGGGAGGAAACCUACUGAUCCGCAUGUGAGCUCUACUCGAGCUCGGGAAGCUUUGCAUUCUGCUCCGAAGGACUUGGAUUGGCUGGUUCCAGAUCUGGUCAAGCAGUAUAUUCUCUCUGAAAGGGCUUAUCCGAGUGAUGGAGCUGGGACUGCUAAAGUGUAG